UGUCCGGGGAGAGGCGGGCCCGGAGGGCGCGCUCGCGGGACCGGGGCCCGGGCGUCCCCGCCGCGCCGCGCGGUCCUCGCCGAGGCAGAGGCGGCGGCGGCAGCAGGUGGAGCGGGUUCCCGGUCCGGGCCGGGGCUCCGGGGAGGUCGGGUCGCCGCGCGGGGCACCGGCCCCUCCGCACCCCCCCCCCCCCCCCCCCAGACCUGUGCCCCCGGAAGGGGGCCGCCGGCUGCCCCGGGGCCCGCGGGGGGGAGCUCGCCGGGCGGCGCGGGCGGGGCCCCGGUGGCGCGCCCGCCUCCCCCUCCGGCUCGCGCGCGGGAAGCGGCGGCUCUUCCCCGGGACUCCGGGCGCUCCUCGCGCGGCCCUCGCCGGCUUUGCCUCGGGGGCCCUCUAGCCUUGUCCGCCGGAGUUCUCCACCGACCGCUUUCCUCCAUUUGGGGACACUUCCCGCCGGCGACGCCCGAGCGCCCCCUGAGGGUCCGGCCGCCGGAGCUGCGGGGUCCCGGCCCUCGAGAGGCUCUCCCGCCGGCCUGCCUCCUCCCAGCCUCCGGCCUCGACGCGGGGGUGCGGACCUGGUCCCGUCUGCGCCCCCCAACACCCCCGGAAGGAGUGCGGUCCUCCGAGGCCCCGCCGCCGGCCAUGGCCUUCACUUUUGCCGCUUUCUGCUACAUGCUGUCCCUGGUGCUGUGCGCCGCGCUCAUCUUCUUCGCCAUCUGGCACAUAAUUGCCUUCGAUGAGUUAAGGACAGAUUUUAAGAGCCCCAUAGACCAGUGCAACCCUGUUCACGCGAGGGAACGGCUGAGGAACAUUGAACGCAUCUGCUUCCUCCUGAGAAAGCUGGUGCUGCCGGAAUACUCCAUCCACAGCCUCUUCUGUAUCAUGUUCCUGUGUGCGCAGGAGUGGCUCACCCUGGGGCUGAACGUCCCCCUGCUUUUCUAUCACUUCUGGAGGUACUUUCACUGUCCGGCAGACAGUUCCGAGCUGGCCUACGACCCGCCCGCGGUCAUGAACGCAGACACCCUGAGUUACUGUCAGAAGGAGGCCUGGUGCAAGCUGGCGUUCUACCUGCUGUCCUUUUUCUAUUACCUCUACUGCAUGAUCUACACUCUAGUGAGCUCUUAACCCGGGCCGCACAGGUCAUCAGAGACUGGGACGGGAGAGGCUCGAGGCGGAGUCCUCGCGACUGGCUGGCGGUUGGAGAAGGGCCCGGACUGGGGUGCGUGAGAGACACCUGCGGACGGCGGAUUCCUGCGGCAGCGGGGACCGAGGUCACGGAGCGUGGGGGUCGCUGCCCAGCCCGCACCCAGGUGGCGAUCCCGUCUGGGCCACGGGACCUCUCCUGAGCAAGGACUGUUGCUGCCUGAGUGACCCCCGCCCCUCUGAGCACCCCGUGCGGUCCGCAGUGAGCCCGGGACCGCGGGCGGGGGGUGCGCGGCUGGCAGGCCACAAACUGCCUGCCCAGGAACAGAAUGACCCAGGACCUGCCGAGGCCUCCAGGGUGUCGCGGGCUACGGGAGCCCUCUGUGUGUCCUCGGAGCCCCGCCGCGCCCUGCGCUUCCGCGGGAGGGUCUGCGGGGGUGCGGAUUCGCCAUUGGCUCCCACCGGCCCCGAGCCCGCGGGCGGCCUGUUUUCGCGCUCUGCUUUGUGGGAGUCGGCCCGGCGACACUGGGAGCUGGGGCUCGGGCUGCUGGCCAUGAAUUAUGUCCAAAGUCACAGGGGAGGCGGGAAUCGGAGGGAAGAAUGAUUUUUUAAAGCAUUUUCACGUUCAAAGUGUUCUUUGCCACCACAAACUGUGUUCUCCCGCUGUCGGUCCAAAACCGUCGCAGAAUCAACGAAGGCAAAUCGACCGGUCGACGUCGUCAACGCCUGUCUUCUCUUAAGGACCCCAAACAGCGGCGCCCGGGAAACGCCCUGCACCUGCUCUGUGCUGUGUGCAUCGGGCGGCCAGGAGGCGAGACGGCGCAAUUACAGCCUCCUUUUGUGAUGCUACGUCAUUCGUUCUGUUAGUGCCACUCGAGGACUUUGGCUUAUUUAGAAUUUUCCCUCUGACGUCCUCUCCUGUUUGGGUAGGAGGUGUCCUUGGGGUUGUAAAUAAUGACAAGGCUGAGGUUUUUAUGUUUAAAUUGGGCACGAUGAUUUCUACCUUAUUCCCCACACUUCCCUCUCUUUUGUGUGACACACACACAGGCUAUUUAUACACGUGCGCGGCUCCCGUUGGAACCGGUGACUCAGGUUUGUGAAUGGUGUCUGUGCCGCGCGUCGUGAGCUAUGUUUAAAACGCAGCGACAGCUUGUGCGCCACACCUACCCGGCCGCCUCAUUUAAACCCCUCACAGGCUGGCUGCCUCUCCGUACGGGCGGUGAACUGGUAGGUAGGGAGGAAAAGUUUCAAAAAGCUGUUCUGUUUCUAAAAAUUCUGUAGGGAACAAAACUCAGGCUUCCGCUCUGAGGCUGAAGGUAUAAAACCGGGGGGUUCCGGGGGGCAUUUUGGGGAGCAGACUCCCCUCUGUCCAGGGCGCACCGUGCCGGCUGCGUAACGGAGGCCGGGGGAGAGCGGCCUUCGGGGCUGCUGGGCCUCGCCUCUGAGCCCGAGCCUGAGAAGGCCACCUGCACGUGACCCUCGCCCCCACAUGUCUCUCCCUGGAGCGGUCUCCUUCGUUUUUGUACUUUGCCUCCUUCCCAAAAGGUGACAAGUGGCUCGUGAUGGCAGACACAGGGACACAGAGACCGCUAGAAUGGAGGGAGGGGAUUCACACACACGCCUUCCCCGAGGUUCUGCUUCCUGCAGUUGAGCAUUUCUUCGCAGCAAAUCGUGGCGGCUCACGUUUGCCUGGGGCUUCAUCGUCCACAGAUGGGUUUCGUUCCUUUGAUCUCCUCGCCAUCCUGUGGGGUUGACACGAUUCUUUUCCCCGUUUUCUUUCUUUUUUUAUUUUUAAAAUGUUUUUAUUUUUUGAGAAACAGAACACAAGUGGGGGAGGGGCACAGAAAGAGGGAAACACAGACUCGGAAGCCGGCUCCAGGCUCUGAGCUGUCAGCACAGAGCCCGACGUGGGGCUCGAACCCACGAACUGAGAUCAUGACCUGAGCCGAAGUCGGGCACUUAACUGACUGAGACACCCAGGUGUCCCGCAUUUCCCCCAUUUCCCAAGUGAGGAAGGAAAGGCUCAGAGAGGGUAAGUGACUGACCUGUAGUCAAGCAGCAGCCACAGACCUGUCUUUAAACCCAGAUUGUCUGACUUUGAAAACCCCAUGUCUUUUCCAUCACCUGAAAGCCAGCAAAGUAGCUUGGGCUCCUGAUAAGGUUCAGUUAGCAUAAACUUUCUGAGAAAAGGAGAUUUAAAGACAGAGCGGGAGAAAAAGUGGCUGGUUUUCUUUUCCUUGGGCCCCAGCCUCAGACUUGCUUUACUGUGUCAGGUUCUUCCCGAAGGGGGUCCCUUGAAAGCUUUAAAAGCUGCCAGCACGCCCUGGGAGGGUCUUACGCUUCUGAAAGAGGGACAUCCGAGUACUUCCCUCCCCUGAGCUGUGGCUGGGACCCAAGUCCACCGGUCUGUCCGGAGCUUGAGCCGAUUUUCAGUUCCUGGGAGAAGCGGACGGUGACCACAGGGCUGAGAGCAGUGGGCACCCCGCUGGAGCCGUGCUGGGUGCCGGGCUCUGGGCUACGACCCCUGACACACGGCGACCCCACGUUACCCACCAGGAAGCCAGGGAGGCUCUGGCCAGUGCGGCUGCCCCAGCGAAGGAGCCAGCAGACAGGUCUCGGUGCUGUGCCCGGUGGCCAGCUAAGAACCACACUUGUUGGGCGGGCACAGCUGCCCACUGGGUACCUUUGCCAUCACUGUUCAUCCCACAGAAGUGACCUAAGGAGGGAGGAGAGUGGGGCAGGGGCAGUGCUCUGGGUGAAUCCCAAAGUGGCUGAUGGACGGCUCUCCCUCCCCGGCCCGGGCCUGGGCACCCAAGAGAGAGCUUCUUGGGGACACAGACAUUGGGAGGGCGCUGUUGUGACUGGCUCCUGCCUCCUCAGAGAGGCAGUGCUGCAGGCCUGAUGGCCGCGCCCGAAGGGGGAGCGCAGGCCCCAAGGGGGGGGGGUCACUUCAGCUUCAUUUUCACGGUGGUGAGGGAAGUUUGUAACGGCACCCGCCGCACUCACUUGUUAUAAAGAUCUGACGUGGUCAGGGCCCUGCGUGCGGUAAGUUCGGUAAGAGGCCCCCACUCCACAGGAGGCGGUGUCCUCACUGUGCCCUGUGCCCUGUGCCCUGCGCCCAGGCAGGGCAGGGGCCCCGGAGGGAGGGAGGUCAUCUGGACCAGCUGUCCUCCCGGUGCCUCGUUCCGGAGGCACCACCUCGGGGAGGGCCACGGCUGGAGGAGGGAGAACGGGAGUGGCUGCCCCAGGAGGGUGGCUCCUGGCAUACCUCCUGUCUGCUCAGCGUAAAUGACUUCGUGAUCGGCCUUGGGCAAGCUUCCCGGCCUCCCUGCGGCUCAGCCUUCUCAUCUGUAAAGUGGGGCAGUAAUACCUCCCUGGCUGGUGUGCUUGUGACAACCAGGGGCCCGUUCUUGUAACGAGCGCUCCACAAACCGUGGUGCUCCGCGCUCAGCCCCCCUUCGCGCCCCCGCAGACUUGAAAGGAGCCUUUACUGGAACAACAGAGCACUUCCCCUCGUGGGUCACGCCCAUGGCACGGCUAGUGAACCUUAGCUGCCUUCUUCCUGCCCAUCCUGGGCCUGCUGUCCCAGGCACGCGACCCGGGUAACCGCUCAACCCUCUCAACAGGAUCUUC